GUUUUCUGUCGGAGGCGGACCCGGGACGGCGGUCCAGCAGAUGCUCAUGGAGGGCUUGGGAGCGCGCAGCGUCUUGGUGACGGGAGCCAACCGCGGCAUCGGCCUGGAGCUGGUUCGCCAGCUCCUGGAGAUGCCCAACCCGCCGCAGUGGCUCUUUGCCUGCAGCCGGUCUCCGGAGGGGGAGCGCGGGCAGGAACUGAGGAAAUUGGCUUCCAGUCAUCCAAACCUUGUGAUGGUGAAGUUGGAUGCUACAAAUCUUGCGAGCAUUACAGAAGCUGCAGCAUUUGUUGAGGACCACCUGAAAGACACAGGGCUGAAUGUGCUAAUAAACAAUGCUGGCAUUUUGAAAGGCAUGACGCUAGACACUGUGAGCGAGGAAGACAUGGAAGAUGUAUACAAGACCAAUGUGACUGGGCCAUUGCUAGUGAGCAAGGCUUUUUUGCCUCUGUUAAGGAAGGCAGCCCAAGGAAGUUCACAGAAAGGGCUGAGCUGCAGCAAGGCAGCCAUUGUCAACAUCUCCUCUCUAUUAGGCUGUAUUGAGUUAGUCCCCGCAACCUAUUCCAAGCCUGUAAUUGCCUACCGCUGCAGCAAGGCUGCUCUCAACAUGCUGACAAAGUGCCAGUCUCUGACUUACAAAGAGGAUGGGAUUUUGUGUACUGCAGUUCACCCAGGGUGGGUGAAGACAGACAUGGGCACCCAGGAGGCUGUCAUGACUGUUGAUGAGAGUGUGCGAGGGAUUCUCCAGGUGCUUCCUAACCUCGUUGAUGAGCACAAUGGCACUUUAGUUGACUGGAAGGGCAAGAAACUACCUUGGUGAAUGUACUGAGUCUCUAGUAGAAACUGCUCUGCCUUCAUGAGUAUGGUUCCCUCCAUAGGUGAGUGGGAACUAGUGGGAACAUAGUCGUGCCUAUGUAUCUGCUAUGCUGAAAUGUGGAUAUUUGCUCACAAAUAAAUACAACUAUUGAAGUUC